UCAUUAAAUAACCAGAAAAAGAAAAUGUUCCGCAAUGAUUGAUUAUUACAGUACAAGGGGUGGAAGUGGAUGAGGUGCGUUAAUUCACAUUGGACGCAGGAUUUAAUAAAGAAUUUGGCCGAGUCAAUUCCAGGUUCUCCAUUUUUCAGCCAUCUCUGUAGUUUGACCCUUCUUCAUCCUCACACAGAUCAUAAACAUUCCACCACCUGAACUCUUGCCUGACGCUGACAUGACACUUACCGUGUUAGGAUUAUUUUGUAAUUUGCAACUGUGCCAGCAGUUUCGCAAGCAAAUCACUUGGAUGUCCAAGAUUCUGGAUUUUAUUUAAGCUUUGUCCCUGCAAGUGCAGCUACUCAGAGUUCUACUACCCCUGUUCCGGUCUUCGCACGCAACAUGAUCUCCGGGGACGCCCUUCUCGAAAGCUUUGAUGGUUCCCUUGACGGAGAGAAUGCCCCCGUUUCCUCAUUCCCCAAUCAAAACUCAGUCAACGGGCUUAUUUUUGGUGAUAAAUCCGUUUACUCGUCUUCUGUUUUCCCGACUAACACAGAGUCUCCCGUUCAUUCUGGCACCAGUUCAAAUGAAGAAUUCACGGAAAUCAACAAAUAUUCCAAUCCUAUUCUCAGAUACAUAAACGACAUCCUCAUGGAUGAAGAAGACGACUUAGAGAGUCAGCCCUGUAUGUUGCAGCAUUGUUUAGCACUCCAAGCUACUGAAAAAUCAUUCUACGAUAUCCUUACUCCUGGCUCUUCCGCAUCGCCUCAUCACAUUCACAGCCCUGCCAGCAAUUUCCAUGACGAGAACGACAAUUAUGCACCGUGUGCUAUUAGUUUAGAGAGCAGUAGCAGCUACAUCAGUACUGAUCGUUCGAAUGAGGCCGAUUGGUCUUCUUAUUUAUGUCCUGAGGUGGCCCCCGAUCCAUUAACGGGGGCGCAAGAAUGGUGUUUUCAACAUGGAGGAGGUGGGAUGCACAAUUCAACACCCAGUGGAUGGAGGGAGAAGAGAAGCCAUGAGAUGGAUGAUACUACAAACAAGGAAGAGGGAAGAGGAAGCAAGAUUUCGGCGGUGUACUCGGAGGAUUCAGAGCAAUCGGCAGUGUUCGAUGAGGUACUCGUUUGCCUGGGUGGAAAAGGUCAGUGCAUAGCUCAAGAACCAUCGUCAGAGAGUCAGAUCAGCGGGAAUAUGAUUCCAAAAGGAUCUCCUGGUAAGGCGAAUCGUUCCAAGAAAGGGGCAAAUAAAGGGGCAACAGUAGAUUUGUGGAUUCUACUGACUCAAUGUGCGCAGGCAGUGGCAAACUACGACCAAAGGAAUGCAAAUGAGCUUCUGAAGCAGAUAAGGCAGCACUCUUCUCCUUCUGGGGAUGGGAUUGAGCGUCUGUCUCAUUACUUUGCCGACGGACUGGAGACGCGGCUGGCUGCCGUGAAGCCAUCUCAUGUGCCACUUGAUUCCGUGGGGGCUACGGCUGCUGAUAUGUUAAGAGCUCACAAGCUAUACAUUACAGCAUCUCCUUUCCAGAGAGUCACGAAUUUCAUGACCAACCGAAUGAUCAUGAAGCAAAUAGAGGACGGAAGAGGCCUUCAUAUAAUUGAUUUUGGGAUCAACUACGGUUUCCAGUGGCCUUGCCUUAUUCAUCAUCUCUCGACCAGACCAGGAGGACCGAUCAAGAUUCGGAUAACAGGAAUCGAUUUUCCUCAACCGGGAUUUCGCCCCACUGAGAGGCUUGAGGAGACGGGCAGGCGUUUGGCUAAUUAUAGCAAAAGGUUCAAUGUGCCGUUUGAAUACAAUUGUGUUGCGCAGAGAUGGGAAACCGUGCAACUUAAGGAUCUCAAAAUAGAUCCGAGUGAGGUAACAGUGGUGAACUGCAUGUACCGAAUGAAGAACCUAGCCGAUGAGACCGUGGAGGCGGACUGUCCGAGAGACGCUGUUUUGAAGAUCAUCAGGAAAAUCAAACCGAGCAUAUUCAUGCAUGGAAUUGCCAAUGGGACCUACAACGCGCCAUUUUUCCUGACACGAGUCAAGGAGGCACUGUUCCACUUCUCGACAUUGUAUGAUAUUCUAGAGGCUAACGUUGGACGUGAGGAUGAGCAGAGGGCGGUGGUUGAGAAGAGGAUGUUUGGGAGGGAGGCCAUGAAUGUGAUAGCGUGUGAGGGGGCGGAGAGAGUGGAGAGGCCAGAGACAUACAGGCAGUGGCAGGUCAGGAACCACAGAGCCGGGUUCAAGCAAAUCUGGUUGGAUGCUGAACAACUCAACAAAGCCCAAGAAUUUGUGCGGAUGGAAUACCAUAAGGAUUUUGUGGUCGACCAAAAUGGCAAAUGGGUUCUGCUGGGAUGGAAAGGCCGUAUUAUUCACGCUCUUUCCUGCUGGAUAGCUGCUUAAUUAACCCUUCACGUCCACCCAAGUCCCAACUCAUGUAAUUCCUAAUUCAUUCAUAAUGAUUUAAUCUGACAGCGUUAGCCUAGCUACACCCGAUCGUGUUAUGGACGGAUUUUGUGCCCCAUACGUUCUAACGUUGGUGUAAAACCCAAAGCCACUUCGAUCUUUGAAGUUGUCUCU